AUGGGUUCCACUGACAAGAUAGAGACAAGGCUAUUCAUCAAUGGCAAGUUUGUUGAGUCGUCAGAUGGAAAAACGUUCCCUAUAAGAUCACCAACCUCAAGGGAAGUUGUCGCUGAGGUGCAUGAGGCUAGCGAAAAGGACACUGAUGCGGCUGUAGCCGCCGCCAAAGCAGCCUUUCCAGCAUGGUCUGCACUCUCUCCUGCCGACAGAGGCAUGUAUUUCAAAAGACUGGCAGCCCUGUUGGUCGAAAGCGGCGAGGAGUUCUCUCGCUUAGAGGCCCUUUCGAUGGGUCGGCCAGUAUCAACGUAUUUCGACAACCAAGCCGCCGCAAGCACGUUUGAGCACUAUGCAGAGGCCGGGUACGAGGCGCAGGGCGUCAGCAGCUUGAACACCCCGGGUUUUGUCAACAUGACAUUCAAACAACCGUAUGGAGUUGUCGCCGCAAUCAUCCCUUGGAACGUCCCGCUUGUGUUCUUCGCAAACAAGGUUGCUCCGGCUCUUGCAGCGGGCAAUACUGUUGUUUUGAAGAGCAGCGAGAAAGCGCCAUUGACGUCUGCCAAAGCCGCAACUCUGAUCGAGAAGGCCGGGUUCCCUCCAGGAGUGAUCAACGUCAUAUCCGGACACGGUCAGACGUCGGGGGCCAUAUUAUCUUCGCACAUGGACGUCCGGGCCCUGAGUUUCACUGGCUCGUGUCGAACUGGCCGGCUCAUCCAGGCAGCGGCAGCAAAGUCCAACCUCAAGCAUGUGGUCCUCGAGCUGGGGGGGAAGUCGCCGGCUAUCAUAUUUGAUGAUUGUGACCUUGAAGAUGCCGUCAACGAGACCAAGCAUAGCAUUCAAUUCAACAGUGGCCAAGUUUGCAUGGCAAACAGCAGAAUAUAUGUCCAAGACACACUUGCCAAUAAAUUUGUGGAGGCGUUCAAGGAACAGUUUGCCAAAGUCACCCCGGGCGAUCCGUUGGAUGCCAACACCAAUCAUGGCCCGCAGGCCGAUUCUGUCCAAUAUGACACGGUCCACAAAUAUAUCGCAGCUGGAAAGUCGAGUGGGAAACUUGCCCUCGGUGGCACACAGGAUGUGCCUGGUCUUCCGGAGCCCACUCAACACGGUUAUUUUGUACCACCAACAGUCUUUUUGCAUACGCCGGAAGAUGCCGUGGUAAUGAAAGAGGAAAUAUUCGGACCCGUCGUGAAUAUCAAUACCUUCAAAACUGAGGAGGAGGCGAUCGCCAAAGCCAAUGACAGCGAGUUUGGACUAUACGCCGCUGUAUAUACCAAGGAUAUCAACCGGGCUAUGAGGUUUGCCAAGGCAUUGGAAGCAGGCACAGUCGCCGUCAACUGCACAAGUCCAACGACAGCAAGAGACAUGCCAUUCGGCGGCUUCAAGAGCAGUGGUGUGGGUAGGGAAGGCUUCGGGCACAGUCUGAACAACUUCCUGGAGACUAAAACGGUGCUGAUCAAGGUCAAGUGA